AUGGCCCUCCUCCUGGCCUCCGGCAGCCCCUCCUGUGCCCUCCUGCUGCUGCUCCUGGCUUUUGCUCUCAAGGGGGAGACCUGGGCAGAGGCCCCUUCGGCCGGAGGGCCCAAGCUGCCAGGCCCUGGGCAGCAGAGGUUUCUGGACCAAGGCAGGGGAGGCAGGUUCCUCCUGAGUGGGGAGGGAAGCCCCACCACCAGCAGACAGCUGACAAGAGUGCGUGAGCCCCGAGACAAGACCAAGCCAGCCUGGCUCCACAGCCCUUGCCCUCCCGACCCUUGUGGCCAGCCCCCGUAUUGCCAGGCCUGGCUGCUCAAAGUGACUCUCCUGGGGGUGCUGGGACUUCUGGUCAUGGGGGGCAACGGGCUGGCUAUCGCGGUGCUGGCCUCCUCGGUGUCCGGCUGGAGCCACAGCAGCCGCUUCAUGCUGCUCUCGCUGGCUGCGUCGGAUGCCGCUCUGGCAGUCCUGGUGGUGCCCCUCAACCUCUACCGGAGCCUGGAGUUGGGCCCAGCGGCCCCCAAGGAGGCUGCCAGAGAAGAGGCCGUCUACUGCCGGGUGGUGGCCUUCAUCAACUCCAGCCUCUUCGGGGCCUCCCUCUAUUCCCUGGCUGGGGUCUCCCUGGAGCGCUAUGUGGCCGUCUUCUUCCCGCUCCACUACGGCCGCCUCCUGAGCCCCAGGCGGGUGCUCUUGCUCAUCGCGGCCGCCUGGCUCCUGCCCGUCUUCCUCUUGGUGCCGCUGGCCAUCCCGGCCCCUGUGGCCGUCCUCCGGGUCCGCUUCUCUGCGGCCGCCCUGCUGUGUGAGCCGGACUACGGCUCCAACCCCUCCUACUCCCUCUGGAUAGCUGGCACCAUCUUCUGCCCAGCUGCUGCAACCAUCGCCUUCACCAACAUGCGCCUCUGGCUAGUGGCCCGCUCGCAGCGCCAGCGUGGGAAGGACGUGGGCUGGCAAGGAAAGGCAAGGUGGCCCAAGAGGCUUCGGAUGCUCCAGCUGGAUGCUGCUGCCCGAGUGCUGCUCCCGGUCGUCUUCGCCUUCUUCGUCUGCUGGGCCCCCUGCAUGGGCACCAUCGUGUACAACGGGAGCCUUGAAGGCAUCAGCCUGAUAUAA